CUCUCUCUCUCUCUCUCUCUCUCUAUUUCUCUUUGAUCUGCUGUUUCCAACUGAUGUGUAUCGCUUGAAAUUUGCUCGGCUGACUGAGGAGGUUGGAUCAUGCAACAUGGUUCUUGACAGUGUCCUGUCUUCUCCUCACAGGAGGUCCCCAUCAUUCCGAAAGGCCUUUCCUCCAAAUGAGUUGGGUAGUUGGUCGACUCUCGUUCAGCGACAUCGCUUCCUCCUCACAGCACUUGUCCUCUUGACUUUUCUUUGCACGAUUUACCUUUACUUUGCUGUCACCUUAGGCUCUUCCUCUUGCUCUGGACUGACUGGGGCGCAAAAGGCUCAGUGUCAACUGGAGCUUGCAAAGACUUCCAUGGCUAAAGGGAAACUGAAAAUUCUUUAAUACUCGGGUUAGUGCUCUGCAAUUUGUGCAUUUUGUUUGUAAUUCCGAACAAUUUGGGUUGAAGAUUUAAAAAGAAAAAAAAAAAAAGAAGAAAGAAAAUGAGUUCAAGUUAGUCAGUUUGCCAUACAAAGUUGUGUAGUAAAAUGCAAGUGAACUCUGUAUACGUUAAUAUCUGAGAAAUGAAUUUCUUAACACAAAGAAUGCAUUAACCAGUCAUUUUGUGUUUGCUGAUUAGUAAUGUAUGUGGUCUUGGGUG